AUGCGUAGGCUCAAGAUUGUCGAUCCGAUGGGAGACAGCUCCUACAAUCACCUAAACGAUGCUGAUACGGAGGAGACGCCCGAUGGCUCCCGCACUGAUGCACCUACUAUCCUAUUUGCUCCAAUGAUCAAGUCCCUUGCCCGCUUGAGAAUCAACAAUAGUCUCACCAAUUGGAAGAAAAAAUCUGUUUCUCCACUCUUCAAAACCUUCAAGGGCAAGAAUGGGCAGAACAAGUUCAAAUCAGUUCCUGCCAUGGUCUAUCCAGUCAACCCAUCCAAACGCAAGAGUGAAGCAAAAGCCUCAGAAAAACAAGACUAUCCAAAAACAGGGUGGAGAUCUGAUACCGAUUCCGAGGAGAUUGAGCCACCAUAG